AGGAACUUUUUCACUGUGUUUUUCGCCCCUCAGUUCUCCGAGCAGACGGAACAGCUGCGCUCGCUCAGCAAGCGCACAAAUCAACAUCUACUGUUCCGCCUGUAUAAUAUCCUCCAACGUCUGCUGUUAUUGAAGGGUCCUGCAAUGGUGCCCACCUUUCCUGUUCCUCUCAUGUUUCUACAAGUGUUGGCUCUACAGAGCGUCUGGUCUGCUCCACAGGAACCGAAAGUUCAAAGCUCGCCUCAGACAGAUAUCUCCAGCUUACAUCACCCCACCUGGAGCCUGGGGCUGCAGCUGUAUAGGUCACUCCGCAUCGAUGGUUCCCAGACCAACACCUUCAUCUCCCCGCUUCUGUUGGCCAACUCCCUGCUGGCUCUAGAGCAUGGAGCUAAAGGACCCACAGCAGGCCAGUUUCAUGAUCUCCUGGGGAUCACCAAAAAUGAUAAGGCUGUUGGAGAAGUUUUGACCAAGGCACUGAAAUGUGUGCGUGAAGCUAAUGGAACCAGCUAUACAUGGCACAUUUCCUCUGCACUGUUUUCCAAACAAGCCCCUAAACUGAAGAAGAGCUUUCUGGAGAAGCUCCAGACCCACUUUGGGUUGCAGCAUGUGGCCCUGGAGGAUGCACAGAAACAGACUGACAUGGAGAAGCUCCAGUCUUGGGCUAAAAGUGGGAUGGAUGGAGAAGAGACAGCAGAUCUGGAACAGGCACUGGAGACCAAACCUGGAGCUAUGAUCCUGGCCAAUGCACUGCACUUUAAAGUUUCCAAACUGCAGUCAAGUGAUUUACAAACUCUCUGUAAAUCAGUCUGAACAAAGUAUUUAAUAAAAGC